GAAUAGCUGCGUAAUGCACGUAUGCGGAUCGAUUUCGCUCUCUCCGAAGAGUCUCCUACUCGGAAGUAGACGUAUCUGUCUAUUCCGUACCAUUUUCAUAUACAUUUCAUUUGGAAGACCCCCAUUUCUCCCCAAAAUAAAACACAACAUGGAAUCGAAGAUGGAGUAACUUAAAACCCGAUUUACCUUUUUGUUUUACCUCAGUUUAAUGGACCGGAUGAUUUCCAAGUCGAACUGUGAUUCCCACAGCUUUGCAGGGAAGGUAAGCUAAUGCUAGCUAGCAUGAAGUAGAGCUUUCUAGCCAUAUCGUUUUUAUGAAUAAAUGAAGUUAUCUUGGAUAAUGGACGUUGUCUAUUAAUGAAACAUUUCCUUAUUAGCUAACUAACGUUUACCAUCGGUUAGUGUUUGUUUCUGUUCUCGAUAGUUCGGUAGUUAGCUAACUGUUACGUCAACUAACUGGCUAACUAAUGUUAGCGUAACUCGCUAGUGUUGGCUAGUUUGUUGCACACGGUAAUAUUAGCCUGAAUCGUCUAAUGCCUCUUCACUGUUGUUACUACAGACAAGCGUUUCGCUAGUUGGGAAAAUGAAUGAGCAUAUUUGGUGGGGAUCAGUGUCCGUAAACCAGGUUACCAAACAUUCUUACGAUUACUGUAUCACCCUUAACUAGGGUGUAAUUACAAUUCAUAAACAUGUUGUGAAACAUGUUCUCUUCUGUGUGUUUUGCUGUGCCAUUUACAGGUAGCUGUAUCCAGUGGGGAGGUAGGCGUAUCCAGGGGACGCAAUGAUGAAGUUUGCCGAACCAUUGGAAAGCCAGAGGCUGUCUUUUCUUCUGGAAAAGGCCGCCUCUAGGGAAGCCCAGAUGUGGAAAGCGUACGUGCCCAAAAAGACGUAUACCAGCGUUCAGGUGAAUCCCACAACACAUAAAACACUGUGCUGUUGUCCAUAUGAAAGGGCAUGCAGCAGGUCAUGUUAAACUUUGGUUGGAGGUGGUAUCUUUCUUAGGUUAUUUACUUGGUACAGAUAUCUAUAUCGCCUAAGGUCAGAGUUAUGAGGAGGACCCAUUUGCUUUCGUUUGUGAGUGCAAAGGGGCAUUGACUGAAAGCCACCUGCUGUGGCUGAGGUUCAUGCUUUCACUUCCACCCUACUCAUUAGUCCAAUGAACAGACUGCCCUGAUCUCUGCCUAGCAACAGAAACCUGCUGAAGGUGUUAACAGGAUUUGAAAAGGAUGCCUGCCUGACUGUUAAUCUGAGGCUCUUUCCUGCUGACUCACUGCAGCACGCUUCUAUCUAUCUGAUUAGCCUAAAAGUACACAUGUACACAGUGUGGUCAUCAACAUGUUGCUAAGAUAGCUAUUUUAACCUUUAUUAACUAGCAGUCAUCCCAAAGCAAGUGCAGUACAUUUUUAAUUUCAUUUAGUCUUUGCACGCUCUUACCAGGGAUACUAGGAUACAUAUUUUAUUUUUAUUAUAGACUUGCCCGUGGGAACAACCCACAACCCUGGAGUGCAACGCCUGCUCUAUAACUGAGCUCAUCCUGAUGGCCAUCCUCCCCGAUCCCUGGACGCGCGGCCAAUUGUGCGCCGCCCAUGAUCUCCCGUCGCGGACGGCUUAAAGAGGGAUUCGAACCAGAUCUUAGUGCACAGUUCACUCGAGCACUAGACCAUGGCCACUAGACAAUACACCGUCCCAAACAGAAAGUAAAAGGCAUAAUAGAUUGGUUGUUUUGCUCGUUGAGUCAUUUCACUAUACAUUCUCUUUAACAAGGCAACAUAAUGGUGAGAAGUGGCUUUAGGGCAAAGCUAGAGUUCAGGUGGCUUGAAAGCAAUGCUGCAUCCCAAAUUACAUCCUAUUCCAUAGUACACUUGGGCUCUGGACAAAAGUAGUGCACUAAAUAGGGAAUAGUGUGCCGUUUGGGACGUAACCUAUGUCUGAGGCUAAAAGCUUCCAGUGGGGGCAGGGCUGGUUAGACCAGUGUCAGGUUACAGGCCGGUUCAGAAAGUCUAACAUUCUCUUUUACUUAUUCCUGGUUUGGUUGUUCUGUUUGCCUCAAGUCAUUCUUUGUCUUCAAGGGACAGCUUGACCUUUUAGUUGAAAUGUUGACUGUAUUUGUUUCUUUAAUUGACAUUCAGGCACCCCUUCAAUAAUGAUUGUUUCUGUACUUUAAUCAAGUCUAUGAUUUGAUUUUGGUUGUUUUGGUUGAGACUUUUGUUAAUGAUUUUAAGUGAGUGGUUUUAAUACAUUGGACAUUGAUAUUGUAGCCUAAUUGGAACUUUUGAGUUUAUUUUCCCUGAAUGUGAAAGGGUCACUCACUGUUUACUGAUGCUCGUGCUAUGUCUCCUCUGUAACUGACCUGUGAUGUGUCCUGUCAUUUUAACUGACCCCUGUGUGAUUAUUCCCAGGAUACAGACAUCUCCCCUGCCCAGCGUGAUGAGGCUGUGUACUGGCUCAUUGACCUGCACAGUGACACCAAGCUCUAUCCAGAGACCCUCUCCCUGGCCAUCAGUAUUUUAGACAGGUUUUUAGGCGCUAUAAAGGUAAGAUGGCAACACAAUCUUUAGUCUUAUCAGCUAUAGGUCUAUAUAGAAUGUCAACAGCAUCUUUAACCUUACCAGCUGUGUAGGCUAGGGUAUAUUUCUUAUGUUCACUGUGACUACUCUUGGACUAGAUUUUACGGUUUUAUGAGUUAGCUAGAUUGUUUUUUUUUUUAAAUUAAUCUGUAGCUUACCAAACCUGAUGUUGCAGGAAGUAGCCUACACUCUAGAGUUCACUGGAGCAGCAUGUGUACAUGCUGUGUCUGUGUGGAGUCUGGAGUCGCUAGGGCAACGGGCCUGCCUACUCUGCUCAGCCCAGCCCUUGCCUCCAUUCAGCCACAAGAGCAUUAGUGAGGUCGGGCACUGAUGUUGGGCGAUUAGGCCUGGCUCGCCGUUGGUGUUCCAGUUCAUCCUGAAGGUGUUCGAUGGGGUCGUGGUCAGCACUCUGUGCAGGCCAGUCAAGUUCUUCCACACCGAUCUCGACAAAACUUUGCUCAUUUGCACAAUGUCUCUCGUUCAAAUUCUCUUGUAAAUGUCCAAACUCACCAAAAAUAACAUUCAGUAGCUCCUACCUAUAUAUGUAUAACUUUGAGCUGGAUUGCCUGUCUUUGCGAUUUAGUUUAUUUCCGUUUGCACUCGUUAGCAUAUUUUGCAAGCAGCCUGCGUGGAAAAUAGCUAUUAUGCUAAUUGGGUUAGCAUUCUGGUAAUCGAAGCCACUGGGUUUUUGGUUUUUUUUUGACGCCCCCUUGUGUACUAAGCCAGUAAUACCAUAAAUCCAGGGGUGAGAGACGAACGUCAUAGCCGAAACCACACGGAGAGACGCCGUCAAGGGCGUAAACAUUUUGUAAGCGAGAGUAGAGGGCGUAAGUUAGAAUGCGUAGCGUAUGCCACAUAAUUUUCAUGAGAAUCCAUAUAAACAGUUUGUAUUUGUUAUGUUCGCUAUGUAGCCCUUGUGAAUUAUUGUUGUGUGUUCCUUUUGACUCACCUUAUAUUUCCUACCGGAGCCACCAUACCUGACUGCACUAGAUGUUAUGUUAGCUCACGAGCGUGAGGAGAGUUGUAGAUACACCCGAGCAGUUAAUAAAGAAUUUAGCUAGUCUCGUUCUUUCUACAUAACAAUGUUCUCUCUUGAAAUUGGAGUCCUUGAAUUUUCCAGCCUGCCUAGGCUAUAUGCGAUUGAAAUCAACACUGGUAGGCUGCAAUUGUUAGAAAAUAUAUAGCCUAUUUGACUGAAACCUUAUCUUACAGCCCAAUAGAUUUUAAACUACAUCUUAAGCUAGUCUACAUAGGGAAGAUCAUAACAAUUUCUCAAAUUCCUUUGCUACAAACGACCCACACCCCGAGUGGCGCAGCGGUCUAAGGCACUGCAUCUCAGUGCUUGAGGCGUCACUACAGACCCCUGGUUCGAUUCCCAGGCUGUAUCACAACCGGUCGUGAUUGGGAGUCCCAUAGGGCGGCGCACAAUUGGCCCAGGUUUGGCCGGUGUAGGCCGUCAUUGUAAAUAAGAAUUUGUUCUUAACUGACUUGCCUAGUUACAUGAAGGUAAAAUAAAAAAUAUUAUUUUAGCAGCGUUGCUCUGCGUAGACGCGAGAAAUAUAGACUUGCUUUCUAAUUUAAUGCGCUUUGUGCUUGACGCCGUUGACGCUCGCAGCCCGUUUUGUUUCUUACGUUUUAAUUCAUUUGGGCCAGCCCCCUAGUAAUUCAAGUUCCAGCCAAUGAGGUUCAGCCCCUCGCCAUUUGAUUGAGUGAGAGAGAACAGUAGGCAAUUUUCGAGGACCACUUAUGACUUAAACGUAUACAAAGUACCAGAGAAUGUCUUUAACCUGGGCUGGCUCCCUUACAGAGUAGUAGUCCUGGAGAAUGUCUUUAACCUGGGCUGGCUCCCUUACAGAGUAGUAGUCCUGGACAUUGUCUUUAACCUGGGCUGGCUCCCUUACAGAGUAGUAGUCCUGGAGAAUGUCUUUAACCUGGGUUGGCUCCCUUACAGAGUAGUAGUCCUGGAGAAUGUCUUUAACCUGGGUUGGCUCCCUUACAGAGUAGUAGUCCUGGAGAAUGUCUUUAACCUGGGCUGGCUCCCUUACAGAGUAGUAGUCCUGGAGAAUGUCUUUAACCUGGGUUGGCUCCCUUACAGAGUAGUAGUCCUGGAGAAUGUCUUUAACCUGGGUUGGCUCCCUUACAGAGUAGUAGUCCUGGAGAAUGUCUUUAACCUGGGCUGGCUCCCUUACAGAGUAGUAGUCCUGGAGAAUGUCUUUAACCUGGGCUGGCUCCCUUACAGAGUAGUAGUCCUGGAGAAUGUCUUUAACCUGGGCUGGCUCCCUUACAGAGUAGUAGUCCUGGAGAAUGUCUUUAACCUGGGCUGGCUCCCUUACAGAGUAGGAGUCCUAUAAAGUGGGGAACAGGACCUUCUGCCCUAGUUAUUAACCCUUCUGUGGUUGCAUCCCAAAUUGCAACCUGUUCCCUAUAUAGUGCACUACUAGGGCUCUGGUCAAAAGUAGUGCACUAUAAAGGGAAUAGGGUGCCAUUGUCUGUCCCUGGCAGGUUGUCUGUAGAGGGAACAAUCAUGAGUCAUGAUCCAGUCUCCCCUGUCUAUUCUCUACAGCAGGGUUUGGGACAAUUCAGAAAGUCAAAAAAAGUAUAAUUGGAAGUUUUCCUUAUUGAAAAGCAUUGAAGAUAAUUGGAGUUUCAGUAUACUUCCUGAAUUGACUAGAAUCUAAAUGGAAUUGACCCCAACCCUGCUCAACAGAGCCCAACCGAGCUAAGCUAAGCUACUGGUCUGGUCUGGCUUAAUGGUGUGAAUCAGACGUCAGUCCUGACCCAGUCUCUCCUCAGGCCCGUCCAAAGUGACAGGCUGGUUCCCUUUCUGUGUGUCCCUGGCUAGUUGUCUGUACAGGGAACGGGUAGAACCCAGGGUGCUGAGUUUAGCCACUGGGUACUAGUGACGUCACUUAGUCCUCCUGACCCCGUCUCUCUCUCCUCUCCUCAGGCCCGUCCAAAGUACCUCCGCUGCAUUGCCAUCGCCUGUUACUUCCUGGCUGCCAAAAGCAGCGAGGAAGACGAGGUGAUUACAUCCUAGCGUCACACCAUCAGUCCUUCCUUAUUGUCCUUCGCUAUUCACAUUAUUGGUUUCUUUCUAUUCAGCUUUGUUGUCCAAACAUUUGGCAAUAUGAUUUGCAGCUGUAUUAAAAACAAACUGUCAAUGAAUGUCCCAACGAAAAUUAUUUUCCAAAUGCUGAAAUAUCGCUCACUAUGAAGAUUGGCUCCAAUAGUUUUAAUGCUAGAUGAAGUCUAGAGAGCUAGACAGCAAGUUGGCAGGUGGAGAAAGUGGGUUGAACCCAACUAACUCAAAGUCCUCUCUUUCUCUUUCUCUUUCUCUCUCUCUUUCUCUCUCUCUCUCUCUCCCUCUCCCUCUCCCUCUCUCUCUCUGUCUGUGCAGCGUGUGCCGUUGUUGCGUGACUUGGCAAGCAGCAGUAGCUGUGGCUGCUCCCCAUCAGAGAUCCUGAGAAUGGAGAGGAUCAUUCUGGAUAAACUCAACUGGGAUCUGCACGCUGCAACACCGCUGGAAUUUCUACAUAUUGUGAGUAUUGUAUUGUAUUGUAUUGUAUUGUAUUUAUACUCCUGUCCGAGCCAGAACCACCACUUUAACCAUAAACUAGCCUCUAGUGGAGGUUCUGGCUCAGUUCUGCCCGUGACUGUAUCCACCAGAAUACUGCCCUGAUUGAGGGAAAGGCUUGGGCGGUAUACCGUAUACUGCAUUGCUACGCCACUGCUUAUAAAUAUCAGUUAACUAUUUAAGAUAUGGCAAAUUAAUUACAUCCAGCUCAGGGCUAUGCAUUUUUUAAAUAUAUAUUUUUAUAUUUUUUAUUAGGGGUAGAUCAGCUUUAAUACUGCAGAUUGUGUGUGUGUAUAUAUAUAUAUAUAUAUAUAUAUAUACACACAUACACAUACACACACACACACAAAUACAUACACAUACAUACAUACACAUAAAUAUAUAUAUAUAUACAGUGGGGGAAAAAAGUAUUUAGUCAGCCACCAAUUGUGCAAGUUCUCCCACUUAAAAAGAUGAGAGAGGCCUGUAAUUUUCAUCAUAGGUACACGUCAACUAUGACAGACAAAAUGAGGGGAAAAAAUCCAGAAAAUCACAUUGUAGGAUUUUUUAUGAAUUUAUUUGCAUAUUAUGGUGGAAAAUAAGUAUUUGGUCAAUAACAAAAGUUUCUCAAUACUUUGUUAUAUACCCUUUGUUGGCAAUGACACAGGUCAAACGUUUUCUGUAAGUCUUCACAAGGUUUUCACACACUGUUGCUGGUAUUUUGGCCUAUUCCUCCAUGCAGAUCUCCUCUAGAGCAGUGAUGUUUUGGGGCUGUCGCUGGGCAACACGUACUUUCAACUCCCUCCAAAGAUUUUCUGUGGGGUUGAGAUCUGGAGACUGGCUAGGCCACUCCAGGACCUUGAAAUGCUUCUUACGAAGCCACUCCUUUGUUGCCCGGGCGGUGUGUUUGGGAUCAUUGUCAUGCUGAAAGACCCAGCCACGUUUCAUCUUCAAUGCCCUUGCUGAUGGAAGGAGGUUUUCACUCAAAAUCUCACGAUACAUGGCCCCAUUCAUUCUUUCCUUUACACGGAUCAGUCGUCCUGGUCCCUUUGCAGAAAAACAGCCCCAAAGCAUGAUGUUUCCACCCCCAUGCUUCACAGUAGGUAUGGUGUUCUUUGGAUGCAACUCAGCAUUCUUUGUCCUCCAAACACAAUGAGUUGAGUUUUUACCGAAAAGUUCUAUUUUGGUUUCAUCUGACCAUAUGACAUUCUCCCAAUCCUCUUCUGGAUCAUCCAAAUGCACUCUAGCAAACUUCAGACGGGCCUGGACAUGUACUGGCUUAAGCAGGGGGACACGUCUGGCACUGCAGGAUUUGAGUCCCUGGCGGCGUAGUGUGUUACUGAUGGUAGGCUUUGUUACUUUGGUCCCAGCUCUCUGCAGGUCAUUCACUAGGCCCCCCCGUGUGGUUCUGGGAUUUUUGCUCACCGUUCUUGUGAUCAUUUUGACCCCACGGGGUGAGAUCUUGCGUGGAGCCCCAGAUCGAGGGAGAUUAUCAGUGGUCUUGUAUGUCUUCCAUUUCCUAAUAAUUGCUCCCACAGUUGAUUUCUUCAAACCAAGCUGCUUACCUAUUGCAGAUUCAGUCUUCCCAGCCUGGUGCAGGUCUACAAUUUUGUUUCUGGUGUCCUUUGACAGCUCUUUGGUCUUGGCCAUAGUGGAGUUUGGAGUGUGACUGUUUGAGGUGGUGGACAGGUGUCUUUUAUACUGAUAACAAGUUCAAACAGGUGCCAUUAAUACAGGUAACGAGUGGAGGACAGAGGAGCCUCUUAAAGAAGAAGUUACAGGUCUGUGAGAGCCAGAAAUCUUGCUUGUUUGUAGGUGACCAAAUACUUAUUUUCCACCACAAUUUGCAAAUAAAUUCAUUAAAAAUCCUACAAUGUGAUUUUCUGGAUUUUUUCUUCUCAAUUUGUCUGUCAUAGUUGACGUGUACCUAUGAUGAAAAUUACAGGCCUCUCAUCUUUUUAAGUGGGAGAACUUGCACAAUUGGUGGCUGACAAUACUUUUUUUCCCCACUGUAUGUGUAUUUAUAUCCUUUAAAAAAAAAUAUUUCCCUUUAUUACUUUCCAACCCCACCACCCCUCCCCUAAUUGGAGUAAACUAGUGAACAACAACGCUUAGGCCUCUACUUCCAGCUUAUACUUACUAUCUACAUUGUAUGGACACAGUCAAUUUUACAAUAAUUAUAUUUUGUUUGUUUUUACUCCUGAACUUCCUCUACCCUCAACCUCUCCGAUCAUUUUCAUGAUGUCCAUCCGGUUUGCUUCUAUAUGCCAUAUCUUUCUAACUGUGCUCUUUCACAAAAGCUCUCAACCUAUAACCUAUCUACUUAUUAUGGACACAGUAUGCUUUACAUUAGUUAUCUUGUUGUUGUUAGUCCCAACCUUCAGCUCCAUUCAGCACCUCCCAUCUAUCUCUUAACACCAUCCAUAUAGGAUUUCUAUUUGCCAUAUAUUUUUCAACUGUGCUGUGAUGUUUCACAAAAGUUCUGAACCUUUCUAUUCUCAGUGUUUCUACAGAUUGUAAAUUGAAAAUAAACAUUUUUGCUAAAAGUAUUAUUAUAUUAUAGAUCGACUGACUAUGACUUUUCAGAUCACCCAGUAGUGCUAUCUGCAGGGUUAGCUCCAGGUAUUCCAAUCCUUCAGCCAUUCCAAGACCUGUGACCAAAAACAAGCUACAAAUGGACAGUACCAAAACAAAUGAUAUAAUGAUUCUGUCUCUUCGCAGCAAAAUCUGCAGAGCUGGGAAGAUUGUAUCCCCCAUAUAAAUAACAUUAUAUUGGUGCAAGAAUUUUAUAUAAUAAUUUAAAUAGAACAAUUCUAAGUUUUGAAUCUGGCGUCGUUUUGCGUAUCAGUUCAUAAACACUAUGCCAUGGGAUCGGUACGUCAAAAAUCUCUUCCCAACUAUUUUGCAAUCUAUAUGGGACGGCUGACGAUCCUUUGGUCCUUAAAUGAAACUGGUAUACUUUUUUAUUUAUCACAAUUUUCUUUAACCAAUUUUGGUCUUUAAUGCAAGGCCGACAGACAAGUUCCUUACUUUCUCCUCCUUCCACUUUCCUCUUCCAUUUUUGCGGUAAUGCUGCAAUUAUUUGGUUGUAAUUUUGGGUAGAGCAGAGAUUUCCAUAUGGUUUUGUUAGCUGCAUGUGCGACAAACUCCACCAGUCCUACCUACGAUAUCAUUUACGAAGAUUAUAGCUUUCUUAAACAUUUUUUUCAAAAAUAAUGUUUUUUAAAAUCAAUUAGUAUAUUUGAGUUUAACCACAAUAUAUAUCCAGCUAUGCAUUUGGUUUGUGUCGCGCUUGCAAGACCAAGCUUCCUAGUUAUAGCAAUCUCUCCCUAGCUCAGGCCGAUAUCCCCACCUGCUUCAAGAUAUCAUCCCCGAACCCAAGAAAGGGAAAGUAACUGAACUGAAUGACUACCAACCAGUAGCACUCACUUCCGUCAUCAUGAAGUGCUUCGAGAGGCUAGUCAAAGACCAUAUCACCUCCUCCCUCCCCGACACACUCGACCCUCUCCAAUUUACCUACCGCCCUGACAGAUCCACGGAUGAUGCAAUCGCCAUUGCACUGCACACUGCCCUCACCCACCUGGACAAAAGGAAUGCAUAUGUGAGGAUGCUGUUCAUCGACUACAGCUCGGCCUUUUUUACAUUUUAGUCAUUUAGCAGACGCUCUUAUCAAGAGCGACUUACAGGUACUUACUGACAAUGUUUGUCUAUGGAAAUUGAAUGGCUCUGUGCUCGAUUUUAUACACCUGUCAGCAACGGGUGUGGCUGAAAUAGCCGAAAUCCACUAAUUUGAAGGGGUGUCCACAUACUUUUGUGUGUGUGUAUAUACAUCUCUGGAAAAAAUUAAGAGACCACUGCAAAAAUAUAUACGUUUCUCUGGUUUUACUAUUUAUAGGUAUGUGUUUGGGUGAAAUUAACAUUUUUGUUUUAUUCUAUAAACUACUGACAACAUUUCUCCCAAAUUCCAAAUAAAAAUAUUGUCAUUUAGAGCAUUUAUUUGCAGAAAAUGACAACUGGUCAAAAUAACAGGUGCAGUGUAGUCAGACCUCGAAUAAUGCAAAGAAAAUAACUUCAUGUUCAUUUUUAAACAACACAAUACUAAUGUUUUAACUUAGGAAGAGUUGUUUCCAUUUAAAAUAACACCAAAUUGAUCAGAAAUACAGUUAGAUGUUGUAAAUGGCUAUUGUAGCUGGAAACGGCUGAUUUUUAAUGGAAUAUUUACAUAGGCCCAUUAUCAGCAACCAUCAGUCCUGUGUUCCAAUGGCACGUUGUGUUUGCUAAUCCAAGUUUAUAAUUUUAAAAGGCUAAUUGAUCAUUAGAAAACCCUUUUGCAAUUAUGUUAGCACAGCUGAAAACUGUUGUGCUGAUUAAAGAAGCAAUACAACUGGCCAUGAGACUAGUUGAGUAUCUGGAGCAUCAGCAAUUGUGGGUUCGAUUACAGGCUCAAAAUGGCCAGAAACAAAGACAUUUCUUCUGAAACUCGUCAGUCUAUUCUUGUUCUGAGAAAUGAAGGCUAUUCCAUGCAAGAAAUUGCCAAGAAGCUGAGGAUCUCGUACAACGCUGUGUACUACUCCUUUCAAAGAACAGCGCAAACUGGCUCUAACCAGAAUAGAAAGAGGAAUGGGAGGCCCCGUUGCACAUCUGAGCAAGAGGACAAAUACAUUAGUGUCUAGUUUGAGAAACAGGCGCCUCACAGGUCCUCAACUGGCAGCUUCAUUAAAUAGUACCCGCAAAACACCAGUCUCAACGUCAACAGUGAAGAGGCGACUCUGGGAUGCUGACGUUCUAGGCAGAGUUGCAAAGAAAAAGCCACAUCUCAGACUGGCCAAUAAAAGAUUAAGAUGGGCAGGUAAACAGCCUCUCCCCUCAACGUCAGCAAAACAAAGGAGCUGAUUGUGGACUUCAGGAGGAACCAGGCUGGACACGCCCCCAUCCUCAUUAACGGGGGCCACCGUGGAGACGGUCAAUAACUUCAAAUUCCUCUGUGUGCACAUCUCAGAGAAGCUGAAAUGGUCUAACCACAUGGACACCGUGGUGAAGAAGGCACGACAGUGACUCUUCAACCUCAGGAUGCUGAAGAAAUCCGUCCUGUCCCCGAGGGCCCUCAGUGUUCUACAGGAGCCCCAUCGAGAGCAUACUGUCGGACUGCAUCACAGCCUGGUACGGCAACUGCACCGCCGCGGACCACAAGGCUCUUCAGAGGGUGAUACGUGCAGCCGAAGGCUCCAUUGGGUGCACACUGCCUGCCCUACAGGACACCUACAACACCAGGUGUCACAGGAAGGCCAAGAAGAUAAUCGGGGACCCCAGCCACCCAAGCCAUGCCCUGUUCUCCCCGCUGGAAGACUGGCUAAUAGCUUCUACUCACACCAUCAUGCUGCUGAAUAGCCACCACUAGCCAGCAACCUGCUCCCCCUAUUCCCCUCCUGCCCUCCCUGAAUGGUCACUUCCCUCCCCCUAUCCCCCUCCUGCCCUCCCUGAAUGGUCACUUCCCUAUCCCCCUCCUGCCCUCCCUCAAUGGUCACUUCCCUCCCCCUAUCCCCCUCCUGCCCUCCCUGAAUGGUCACUUCCCUCCCCCCUCCCCCUCCUGCCCUCCCUGAAUGGUCACUUCCCUCCCCCCUCCCUGAAUGGUCACUUCCCUCCCCCUAUCCCCCUCCUGUUAUUGUAAUUUGUAUUUCACUUAGUCCCUACUUCCCCUCAAUGGACAUUCCCCCCUAGUCUUUACUCUGCCUCCACCCCAAUGGACAUUCCCCCUAGUCUUUACUCUGCCUCCACCCCAAUGGACAUUCCCCCCCUAGUCUUUACUCUGCCUCCACCCCAAUGGACAUUCCCCCCCUAGUCUUUACUCUGCCUCCACCCCAAUGGACAUUCCCCCCUAGUCUUUACUCUGCCUCCACCCCAAUGGACAUUCCCCCCUAGUCUUUACUCUGCCUCCACCCCAAUGGACAUUCCCCCCUAGUCUUUACUCUGCCUCCACCCCAAUGGACAUUCCCCCCUAGUCUUUACUCUGCCUCCACCCCAAUGGACAUGUAUUUAUUCACCACUGCCACAGUUGUUAUGUGUAUAGUGUUAGUUCUAUUUCUAUAGUUUGAUUAACAUUUUCAUUAUUUUACUUCACUUAGUCCUGCAUGUUGGAGCCUAAGAUGUUCACUGUACCCUUAAACACUCUGAAUCUGACUAUCAAAUCCCUUCCCGGAUCAAGAUUUUAGCGCCCCUUGUCUACACUACCGGUAACACUCUACACCCCUGGUAUGGUACAGGAACGCUAUGAAGGUUUGGAAAAAUCUGGUUCCCGCCCCCAACCCUAAUAGGUAAUCACUUUUAAAACGUAUAAUAGGUGACGUGAGUCCUGUUCUUCCACCACCACAUUCAUUCAUAGUCCUAACCAGAACCUCCACUAGAGGCUUGAAGUAAACAGUGGCGGUUCUGGCUCGGUCCUGCCCGUGACCGUGUCCACCAGAAUACCGCCCUGUUUAGGAGCGGUAUCUGACUACUUUAUUAACAAACUCAGUUUUGUGUUAUUCAGCUAAAUGCCUUGAACUCUAUCACUGUUUGUCUAUAAUCUGCUGUUCUCCCUCAGGUAACUGAGUGCAGACAUUUUUAGUAUGUUUAUUAUGGAAAUGAGAUCCCUGUGGGGAUGAAAUGUUUGUGAACCCAUGACCUUGGUGUUGCUGGCAUCAUUCUCUUACACACUGCUGUUCCCCUUCAGUUCCAUGCCAUGGUGCUGUCUUGCAAGUCCCGGUUCUUGGUUGGUCUGGUGGGCUGUAACCCGUCGCAGCACCUGUCAGUGUUGACCCAGCAGCUGCACUACUGCCUGGCCGACAGCACCCUGCUACAGCCCCUCUCCCGGGGAUCCAUGCUGGCACUGGCCCUCAUCACCCUGGAGCUGGAGAAUAUCUGCCCUGACUGGCUGGCUCUCACUAUCCUCCUGCUCAGCAAAGCACAGGUACUAAACGUUCACCAUCCUCCUGCUCAGGAAAGCACAGGUACUAAAUGUUCACUAUCCUCCUGCUCAGGAAAGCACAGGUACUAAACGUUCACUAUCCUCCUGCUCAGGAAAGCACAGGUACUAAACAUUCACUAUCCUCCUGCCAGCAAAGCACAGGUACUAAACAUUCACUAUCCUCCUGCUCAGCAAAGCACAGGUACUAAACAUUCACUAUCCUCCUGCUCAGCAAAGCACAGGUACUAAACGUUCACUAUCCUCCUGCUCAGGAAAGCACAGGUACUAAAUGUUCACUAUCCUCCUGCUCAGGAAAGCACAGGUACUAAACGUUCACUAUCCUCCUGCUCAGGAAAGCACAGGUACUAAACAUUCACUAUCCUCCUGCUCAGCAAAGCACAGGUACUAAACGUUCACUAUCCUCCUGCUCAGGAAAGCACAGGUACUAAACGUUCACUAUCCUCCUGCUCAGGAAAGCACCGGAAGGCCUGCAGUACAGUAUAAUGGCAUGUUUAGAUAGGGGGCAGUGAGGACUUCUGCCUACAGCACACAUAUGUACUGGUGUUGACGUGUCCAGUCGGACACACUCACCUCCCAUCUCUCGUUCUCUCACCAUCUGUUCAAUGAAAUCAUAACAAAUACAGGGGAGAAAAAGAUGGGAUUUUGUAGUCCCUCCCACGUAUUGAAUCCACGGUUUAAAAAAAUGUCAGCGGUGUUAUCAGGAUGCCCUUGUGAACCGUUGCUGUCCAUUGGUUUCAUAAUUUUUACGCACAAUAACAGAAUUAUAAUCAAGAUUCUCGUUUUACUCCCCCUCCUAGAUCGAUAGUUCUCAGCUCAUCCGCUGUCGAGAGUUGGUGUCACGUCGCCUGUCCACACAGGAAGCUUCCCUGCCUCCCAACACUGUAUACAUCUACCAGCCCCUGGACCACAGUGUGGCCCCGGGCCCCUGCGACGAAGGGGAAGGAGACUCCAACACCAGGCUCCUCUCCCCAGUCACAGACCCACCAGCCCCGGCCCCCAGGGACCGAAGCCUCUCCAGGGUCUCCUCCACCACCGCCCUGCUCCAGUGCCACGGUCCGCCCAUGCCCAGCCACCACCCCCACCAAGUCCACCUGCGCUGCAAGCUCUCAGCCAAGCGCAAGGUGAGAGCUUGGCUACUCCAUCAACCGGAGUAAAGUAUUUGUAACACCUACCUACCUAGCCUACUAUUGCUAUUUCACCUGCCUUGAUUCUAAAUGCAUGUUGUUUUUAUGGUAUGAAGAGAAUGGCUGCCGUUUUAAUGGGCUCCUGACCAAUUGUGCUACUUUGUGUAUAUUUUUUUUUUGCGCUGAUCUUAACUUUCUUUGGUACAUAAUGUUUCCGCCAUCGUUUCCUAAAAGAGCUUGUGGACAUCAGAACAGAGAUCACUAACCUCCAUUUGGACGAGGACUUCUACUUCAACGAGUCGGAGGCUAAAUAAAUAUUGAUUAUCCCGGACCAGGCCCUAAUCCCCGACACUUGAAAAAGGAGAACAUAGCGCUAUAGAGGCCGGUGCGGCCGCAUGCACCCUGAUGAGACUACAGCGGAGAAUGAAUAAAUCACCUCUACCCUCUGUUCUAUUGGCGAGCUCCGUUCGAGACUAUCCUAUCAAUAGGACAUUAAGAACUGUAAUAUCCUAUGCUUCUCGGAGUCAUGGCUGAACAGGGACAUGGGUAAUAUACAUCUAGCUGGUUUUUCUAUGCAUCGGCAGGACAGAACGGCACAGUCCGGUAAGAUCGGGGGGGGGGGGGGGGAUGUCUUUAUUAACAACAGCUGGUGAGCGAACUCUAAUAUUAGGGAAGUCUCCUGGUUCCGCAUGAUAAGCUGUAGACCAUACUAUUUACCAAGAGUUUUCAUCAGCAUUUGUCGUGGGCUGUCUAUUUACCACCACACAUGGAUGCUGGCACUAAGACCGCACUCAACGAGCUGCAUAGGGCCAUAAGCAAACAAGAACAUGCUCAUCCAGAGGCGGCGCUCCUAGUGGCCAGUGAUGUUAAUGCAGGAAAAUUGAAAUCUGUUUUACCUCAUUUAUACCAGCAUGUCACCUCUGCAAAUAGAGGGAUAAAAACUCUAGAGGCACCUUUACGCCACACACACACAGAGACGCAUACAAAGCUCUCCCCCGCCCUCGAUUUGGCAAAUCGGACCAUAACUCUAGCCUCCUGAUUCCUGCUUACAAGCAAAAACUCAAACAAGGAAGUACCAGUGUCAAUACGCAAGUGGUCCGAUGAAGUGGAUUCAUCCGAUGGCAUUGAGGAGUUUACCACAUCAGUCACCAACUUCAUUAAUAAGUGCAUUUACGACGUUGUGACCAUGUGUACAUAUCCCAACCAGAAGCCAUGGAUUAUAGGCAACAUCCGCACUGAGCUAAAGGCUUGAGCUGCUGCUAUCAAGGAGCAGGACCAUUUUCUGGAUGCUUAUAUUAAUCCCGCUACGCCCUCUGACAAACCAUCAAACAGGCAAAGCGUCAAUACAGGACAAAGAUCGAAUCCUACUACACCGGCUCUGACGCUCGUCGGAUGUGGCAGGGCUUGCAAACUAUCUCAGAUUACAAAGAGAAACCCAGCCGAGAGCUGCCCAGUGACGCGAGCCAGACGAGCAAAAUGCCUUCUAUGCUCGCUUCGAGGCAAGCAACACUGAACCAUGCGUGAGAGCGCCAGCUGUUCCGGAGGACUGUGUGAUCACGCGCUCCGUAGCCAAUGUAAGACCUUUAAACAGGUUAAUAUUCACAAGGCCACAGGGCCAGACGGAUUACCAGUCUGUAAUACUUACAUUUUCCCAGCAAACCACCAUAGUCCCUGUGCCUAAGAACGGCAAGGUAACCUGCCUAAAUGACUACCGCCAUGAAAUGCUUUGAAAGGCCGGUCAUGGCUCACAUAAACACCAUCAUCCCAGAAACCAAUUCGCAUACCGCCCCAACAUAUCCACAGAUGACGCAUUCUCUAUUGCAUUCCACACUGCCCUUUCCCACCUGGAUAAAAGGAACACCUACGUGAGAAUGCUGUUCAUUGACUACAGCUCAGCGUUCAACACCAUAGUGCCCUCCAAAGCGCAUCACUAAGUUAAGGACCCUGGGACUGGAUCCUGGACUUCCUGACGGGCCGCCCCCAGGUGGUGAGGGUAGGCAACAACAUCCUCCACGCUGACCCUCAACACUGGGGCCCCUCAGGGGUGCAUGCUCAGUCCCCUCCUGUACUCCCUGUUCACCCACGACUGCAAGGCCGCGCACGACUCCAACACCAUCAUGGCAAGAUGGCGCCGACAGAGGGCACGUCGUCUCGAACUCCGAUAAAACAUUGCAGGACCUCUAUACCAGGCGGUGUCAGAGGAAAGCCCUAAAACAUUGUCAGACUCCAGCCACCCAAGUCAGACUGUUCUCUCUGCUACCGCACGGCAAGCGGUCCCAGAGCGCCAAGCCUGGGACCAGAAGGCACCUGAAAAGCUUCUACCCCCAAGCAAUAAGACUGCUGAACAGUUAAUCAAAUCGCUACUCGGACAAUUUACAUGAACACCCUUUAUUAUUUAUUAAUUUGUCUUGUUUUGCACUGACUCUAUGUACACUCACUAGACUCUACCCACACACUCCCACACACACACACACUCACUAGACUCUACCCACACACUCCCACACACACACACACUCACUAGACUCUACCUACACACUCCCACACACACACACACUACAUACGCUCACACACACAUGCAUACUGACGCCACACACUCACACAUGGACACACUUUCACACUUCACAUGCAUUGAUCUUGCUCUGUUUAUUAUAUAUCCUGAUUGCCUAGUCACUUUUACCCCUACCCGCACUGAAUUACCUGAAGUACCUGCACAUUGACUCGGUACCGGUACUCCUUGUAUAUAGCCUCGUUAAUUAUUUGGUGUGCACAUAUUUGUCUUUUUAACUCUGAAUUGUUGGGAAUGUCGUAAGCAUUUCACUGUAAAGUCUACACCUGUCGAAUUCGGUCAUGUGACCAAUAACAUUUGAUUUGUAUUAUGUUUUUGCCUAAGUAGCUUUGAGAACUCCAAUGAAAAGCGCUAUUACAAAUUUAAAUGUUAUAAAAAUUAUAUAAUUAUUUUUCAGGUGGAGGAGAUGGAGGUCGACGAAUUCUACGACGGGAUCAAACGGCUCUACAGCGAAGAGAGCGGGGGUGCUCCGGAGGGGACCGUGGUAACGGGGGAGGGGCCUCUGCUAGUCAGGCGGGAGGGUAACACCUCCCCCUGUCCCCCUCUCCAACCCGUCAGUUUCACAUAGAGAAGAGAAAGAAACCAAGGCCUUCUCGUCAUCUUAUCUGAGCUGCAUGGAAGAGGCGUCCCAAGUGUUCCCAGUGUUUCAGCAGUCAUGGGCAUUAAUCCACCAUCCCAGGCCUAGACGGAGCCAAAAAAAAGUCACACACAAAAAAAAAAUGCUGCUAUUUCAUAACUAUUUGUUGAAUAUAAAAGGAUAACUAAAAUAUUGAUAUAACUAAAAAGAAAAAAAUCUUGUCCUUCAAAAAAAAGUUAGAAUGACUUCUUCUCCCAUUUUGAUUCUGUGUGUAAGAGAUUUCUCUUGACUAAUGUAAGGUCAUGUCAUCUUAUUUCUGUCCUAACCACUUCUGUAAAUUACAAUACAUAUAUACGUCUUCUUUCCAUCAGCAUGUUCUUCAGCUUGUUGUCUUUUAAUCCUUCAGAGUUUGAUUGAAUGGAAGUGUGUUUAGACUAGAUGACUGUCUUAACCCGUCCAGGUAGGAAAGAAGUGAUAUGUGUGAAGUACUGACUGAUUGUUUAUAAGAUUUUUGUUAACUUAAUCUAAAUAUCCACAACCUUCCUAUCUUUGUCCCAUCAAAGUGUUGUCGAAGUAAAACCAAAGAAGGAACAGGUUCGUAUUACUGACGAAAGAGCGUUAAUUUUACUCAUUGAAGCAAUGUUUUUGGUUUUGCCCAGUUUGUGCGUUGUCUGAAGAUGAACAGCUUUGUGUCAAGAGGGAUAAAGAUGUAUCCACCAUAAUACCGCGUCUUCACUGUUCAGAAAUGUUUUGUUUUGUAUUUAUUGCAAAAAGCAGCUCUCUCUUUUUCUGGGGUGCUGGUUAACUUCCGAUGCUCUGCUGGUUCACCUUGUGGCACCAAUAAAGAAACACCUUUAAUCAUCUCGUGUCAUUUGUUACUCUAUUUAAACGUUUUCUUCAGCAUAUUGCAGAACAUAUACAAUGUGCAUUAACUUCAUAAAAACACUGUGGAAGGGUGACUACCUUUUUAAUUGAGAUAGAGGCUGCGUCCCAAUGGCACCGUGCCAGUUGGGACGUAUUCAGGGUCGUUUUCCCAGUCCCUAUAAUAGAUUAUAUUGUUAAUGUGUAUGAUAAGAGAACAGAUUCCUGCAAUGAAUGGAUUCAGGCCUGACUGCAGCAUGCAUUUGAGUGAUAGGUGUUGACCAGACAAAGGCAGUAGGUUGUGAUUUGACCUUUUCUUUCAAAUUUCUAAAUUGAAAUGUAGCCCAGCAUAACCCAGGUGAAGGCAGUUUCAGGUUGGAUAUUUGCGCUUUCAAACCACUUGAGCCACAGACUUCCAAAUAUGUUGGAAAAAUUGCGCACAACAUUGCACAGGUCUUAUUUUCACGAUUUGGACAUUAAUUCGCUUUCCAAAGCUAAUAAAGGUGGAAAUGUGAGCAGCAUUCCUAUUCCUAGUUGAAUUAGUUAGGGAGCGUAAACAAAGUAUGUUUUUUUUUUAUUUUUUUUACAAUCGAAUUUCAAUAGCUCCUUGGUCAUGUGACCUACUGACCUCAACCAAGGUUCAGAAUGGCCACUGACUACCCUUCUAUAUUGCACACCCUUUAGUUUGUCCAUUUUCAUCUCACACGGUUUUACAUGAAUUUUUUUUAAUGUUUUUUUUUCAUUUCAAUAGUUCCCUGGUCAUGUGACCUACCACCCUAAAUACAUGAUUGUCCACUCACUACGCCUUCAUAUCGCACAAUCUGUUGUUUGUCUACUUUCAUCUCACUCUAUUAGACUUAAAUCUGUAAGCAUGAGACCCAGUAGGUAUGGACAUUGCUGCACGGUGGACACCCACACUCGGAAGUCAUUUGGGGAAAAAGAGAGUAUAUAGCUACUUUUUUUAAUCUCCUGUAAAUUAUUCAGUGCCUAUAUAUAUAAAUAUAAUUUAGGCUGUGUGUAGAAUGGGGCAUAAAGGAAAUUACCUCUACUAGAUUAUGCUGGUAAGGAAAACAGCAUACAGUUUUGGCCUGUGUAUUCAUUUGCCUAUAACUAAUCAGAAUUCCAUUAUGUUUACAUAGAAAAUGGAAUACUUCAAAAUGAGAAGAUCCCGCCAUGGAAAAGACGACUGGGUGGACAUAAAGUGGGAAGUAGGGGAAAUAGCUCCCACCAUGCAGCAGGACACCUUCAGGUUUGUAGUUAUAUUUUCAAUAAUGAAUGGUUAGCUGUUAUGUGACAAUUAGGUCAAAAACUCUAUUUUCUUUUUUGGUGUAGAUGACCAAGGAAGUUGCACAGAACUUAGUUUUGUUUGAUAAAAUCCAUUUUUAUAUUCAAAUGUAGGAACUGGGUUCUACAGUUUGAACCCCUGCUGUCUCUGGCACCACCCCCACUCCGCCCGGCCAUCUAGAUGUGUGAAAGUUAGUGUAUAAGCUAAUGAUCCAUCAUGUAUGACAUUCCUGGGAGUGUGUAAACUUACAUUUUGUAUUACCAUAUCAUUUUUGUAUGUUCUCUAUAGUUAUGUACUUGAAAAUGUAUCAAUUGACCAAUUCGGCAUAUUUGGGCAGACUUUAUACAAAAUAGUCCAGUAUUGCAAUGCUUCACUGGAUCAAUCUGAAACUUUGCACACACACUGCUGCCAUCUAGUGGCCAAAAUCUAAACUGUGCCUAAACUGCAAUAUUAUAUUGUGGCCUUUCUCUUGCAUUUCAAUAAAUAGAAAAUGCAUGUUUUUUUGUUUGUAUUAUCUUUUUUAUUUUACCUUUAUUUAACUAGGCAAGUCAGUUAAUAACAAAUUAUUAACUGGACGGCCUACACCGGCCAAACCCGGAUAACGCUGGGCCAAUUGUGCGCUGCCCUAUGGGACUCCCAAUCACGGCCGGUUGUGAUACAGCCUGGAAUUGAACCAGGGGGUCUGUAGUGACACCUCAAGCACUGAGAUGCAGUGCCUUAGACCGCUGCGCCACUCGGGAGCCCCCUAUUACCAGAUCUAAUGUGUUAUAUUCUCCUACAUUAAUUUCAAAAGUGUUUCCUUCCAAAUGGUAUCAAGAAUAUGCAUAUCCUUGCUUCAGGUCCUGAGCUACAGGCAGUUAGAUUUGGCCAGGGACGGCCUGUUCAAUAGGGCGAUAUGGGCGACGCACUGCCAAACGGGAAAAGGAAGGGAUUUUUUUUCUAAUCAAUUAUAUCACGGCAACAGUAGUUAUCAGUGUUGUAAUCUAUACGUCUGAUCUGCCACAGUGCCACACUGCCACUAAAUGUCGAAUCAGGCUAAAGUCGUGCUUCAAAUGGCUCCACCCCCUUUUGGGGCGAUUUCAGUCAGAUUGAAAAUCGCCCAGAACUUCUGUCAUAGACUCCCAUGUAAAAUCUAUUUUUUUCAAAUUUCAGAGCCUUCAAUACAAUCUCAAUGGGUGUCUGUGGGCUUGCACUUACGCGCUUUCGUCACAUGAACGUAACUAAGAAAAGAGAGGGUAGCAGCGUCAAUCAAUUCACUACUACUAUCAACAUGGCUAGGCUUCAGUGCAACUCGGUUGUGUCUUUGAAAGAAUUUCCUUUUUGUCGGCGAACAAAUGAAGAUAAAUUGGCAACGAAACAAUUAGGACCUCCCAGACCAAAUUUAAUAAUUCAACAGGUUUCUACUAAAGGGGGGAAGUCCUACACCCGAGGAUUUUCCAAAAAUUGGUAUGAACGAAAAACCUGGCUAGCAGGCUGCGAUGUAGCUAAUGCAGUCUUCUGCUACCCCCUGCUUACUCAUUCACCCUGAAGGCGGCACGGCAGACAGCACCGCUUGGACAGCGACUGGUGUAACCGACAUGCACCAUCUUUCAGAAAAGAUUAAGAAACAUGAGCUGUCAAAGACCCACAUGGAUAGCUGUUUGAGAAUUUCUGCUUUGGGGAGAGUGAAUAUUGCCACUCAACUGGAUGAGGGAUACAGGCUAGCUGUCCGCCGCCACAACGAUGAGGUUAGCAAGAACCGCCAUAUCCUCAGCCGGCUAAUCCAGUGUGUGAAGUUUUGCGGCGUGUUUGAGUUAGCUUUGCGAGGCAAAGAUGAAACUGAGGGCUCCACCAACCCUGGUAUUUUUCUUGGACUUGUCAACUUUGUGGCACAAUUAGAUGAGGUGUUUGAUGACCAUCUUAAAAAUGCUAAAGUUUUCAAGGGCACAUCAAAGACCAUUCAAAACGAGCUACUGGAGUGUAUGCUAGCGGUCACGAGGGAACAUAUUGUGGAGGAGGUGAAGUCUGCGAACUUCGUAGCUAUCCAAGCUGACGAGACCACGGACGUUUCUACACAGACACAGUUGGUGCUUGUGCUGAGGUACAUAGAUAGCAAGCACAAAGUGCAGGAGCGAUUUUUUGAGUUCCUUCCCAUCUCGGAAUCAACCUCAGUCUCAAUCGCCAGUGUACUUUUGGAGAGACUGAACGGUCUUUUUGCCGAUGACGAGAAAGUCAAACUCAUUGCGCAAGCUUACGAUGGAGCCAGUGUGAUGAGGGGAGAGAAGGCUGGUGUGCAGAAAAAGGUGCGUGAGCAUUUCAAGAAUGCCCAUUACGUGCAUUGCUAUGCGCAUCAGCUGAAUUUGAUCAUGCAGCAAGCUACUUCUCGCAUCAAAAAAGUGAACAUUUUCUUUUCCGAUCUGAGCGGGAUUACAACUUUUUUUUCCCGGGUCACCCAAACGCACCAGCAUUCUUGACCAGACUGUUGCACGAAGACUGCCCAGACCUUCAUCCACACGGUGGAACUUCAACAGCAGAGUCGUGAACACUGUCUACGAGAAUCGAGAUGACCUAAUAGAAUGUUUUGAAGCCAUCCGGACGGGUUCAUUGGGUUCAUUUGACCAGGGCACAGUGAGAGAGGCAUCUGGCUACGUGAGGAUGCUGCAUGAUGAAGAUUUUAUUUUUUUCCUGCGGCUUUUUUCACAAAAUCAUGCCCCACGUCGACAUUCUGUACCAGAAGCUACAGAAGAAGGACAUCGAUGCUGUCUUUAUCAAAAGUGCCCUCGACAGCUUCACAAGCAGUGUGCAGGCCAUAAGGUAAGAUUAAACAAUAUCAUUCGAUCUUUCUCAAAGCAGAGCUUUAUUUGAAAAUGUAUGCAUGAAAGGAGACUGCAUUUGUGUUUGAAAUUACAUUAUUUCUCAUUAUAUAUGGCCAGUGGUGUAAUCUAUUUUAUUUUAUAUACUAUGUGUAAUGUGCAGUGGUGCUCAUAAGUGUAUGAACACAUUCUAAAGUUGACUAAAAAGAGGAAUAAAAAAUAAAAAAAUAAUCUUUUGGAAAUUUAUCUUAAUGACUUAAUUAAAAAAGUUGGAAAAUCCAACCUUUAUGGACACCAAUUUUCUUUUCUUUUUUAUUCCUCUUUUUAGUCAACUUUAGCAUGGGAUCAUAAGCUUAUGAGCACCACUGUAUACUGUGCUGAACAUCCAGGCUAUGUGAGACACAAAGGCUAACUUAAACACUAAAGACUUUAUGCAUCCCUGCCCAUUUUAAGUGGAACUGAAGUAUUUGUACUAUACAUCAUGGAUACAUUGCAUAUACCUGUGCAUCACAUAGACAACAAUACUGUACAAAGCCAACAAACACAUUGGUCUGUUUGCCUUCAGGGACUCCUCUCAACAGCAGCUGCAAGAAGCAACAGGAGCCAAAAGACCCAGAACAGCUUUGAGAGAAGAGGAGAAGCAGAGGCUGUCUGAAGAGGUCUGCAACACCAUCCUGGAUCACAUCAAAGAAAGGUUCUCUUUCUCUGGCCACCUUGUGAGUGCUACCUUACUGCAAGCAGACAUGUUUGAAAGGUACUGCCAUUCAUUUCCUGAUGAGGCUCUGAAUGCCACUGUGAAUGCAUACCCCAUGCUGAGCAAGGCAAAGCUCAAGACAGAACUAUCUCUGAUCUAUGAGAAUCCUGAAUUCAAGGGAGGCUGUGGUGCACUGGCACUGUACCAGGUUCUCAUGAGCUACAACCUCCAGGAGACGUUCUCUGAGACUGUGACUCUGUUGAACAUCCUCAUAACUACUCCCAUGACAACAGCUGAAGCUGAGAGAUGUUUCUCAACUUUGACACAAGUUAAGACAUUCCUGCGAAAUUCAAUGGGCCAGGAAUGUCUGAAUGCACUGGCCAUGCUUUCCAUGGAGAGGGAACUAGUCCUCAGCAUGCCUGAUUUCAAUGAGAAAGUCAUUGAACGCUUUGCUGUAUUGAAACAGAGAAGAGAACAGUUUCAGUACAAGUAAUGUAGCCUCUCUCUCUCUUUGUCCCUCCCUCCCUGUCUCUUUAACACACACACGCCCAAAUCAGUUCACAGUUGAUGUUGUUUAAAAUAGUUAUUUUUCAUUUUAAAAAAAGUAAAACAAAAAAAAAUAUCUGUUCAUGUUCAUUUUUACAAAUCUAUACAAUUGGCCAGAAUAUGGUUGUUCAUAUUUACAAAUCUAUACAAUUGGCCAGAAUAUGGUUGUUCAUUUUUACAAAGCCAUACAGAUAGCUGUGUUUACCUUUUCUAGAAAUUACUUUCAAAUUCUGUUUUCAAGCAAAAUGUCUAUCACUGUUCAUUUUCACAAAUCUAUACAAGAGGGCAGAAUAUGGAAGUCUAUAAAAAUGUCUUAUUACCAAUAACUUGCAUCAAUGUUUUCAGUAGCCUCUAUCAAAAGCUCCUGCUUGCUUGUUGUGAAUUAUGCUCAGGUGCACAUAUUUCCAAUUCAACCAUGAGGCAAAAAAUGUGGUAAAAGCUCUUGUUGAUCCUGCAAUCUGAACAAAUACCAAGAUGCUGUAUUUUCAGCUGAUAUUUCAUUUGUUUAUGGAAAUGCAUAUUGUUUAUGCAGUGUUGAGGAAUGUGAAAGAACACCCUUGAUUAUUUUUACUGUGAUAACUUAUUUUGAUUUUGUAAGCCAACACUUUUGAGAUCAGUCAAUAAAUGCUUCUGGUAUUGACUUAUAUGCUGCCCCUGUCUUCAUGUUGUUGCUGGACAUAUCUUUUAAAAAAUGUGUGUAGGUCACCUAAAUCAUCAGAAAAAUUGCCCCCCCUGAGAAUUUUUUCAGGAGCCGCCACUGGAUUUGGCUAUGUCAUUUUAGGCCAAAAUUGAAAAAAAGGGCCUGAUCCUUAAGAGGUUAACAUGUUUAUAAUCUUUUGACAACAGUGACGGCAUGUAAGACAAUUUAUAAUAUAACACAAUGGAUGGCUAAUUCGUCAUACUGCAUUGAUAUUUGAUUUGAUUUAUAACGUGUUACGAUUUACUAUGUUUUAGAUUGAAUGUUUUGCAUGCCAAUGGUGGUUCCAUGUGCUGUGCCUAGGGAUGAAUACAAAAUACAGUGGGGAAAAAAAGUAUUUAGUCAGCCACCAAUUGAGCAAGUUCUCCCACUUAAAAAGAUGAGAGAGGCCUGUCAUUUUCAUCAUAGGUACACGUCAACUAUGACAGACAAAUUGAGAUUUUUUUUCCAGAAAAUCACAUUGUAGGAUUUUUAAUGAAUUUAUUUGCAAAUUAUGGUGGAAAAUAAGUAUUUGGUCACCUACAAACAAGCAAGAUUUCUGGCUCUCACAGACCUGUAACUUCUUCAUUAAGAGGCUCCUCUGUACUCCACUCGUUACCUGUAUUAAUGGCACCUGUUUGAACUUGUUAUCAGUAUAAAAGACACCUGUCCACAACCUCAAACAGUCACACUCCAAACUCCACUAUGGCCAAGACCAAAGAGCUGUCAAAGGACUAUGAAACAUUUAUGUAACACCGCGUGAGAUUACAGUACACAAACAAGAGUGUGCAAUAUAGAAGGGUAGUCAGUGGGCAUUCUGAACCUUGUAGCUCAGUUGGUAGAGCAUGGCGCUUGCAACGCCAGGGUUGUGGGUUCGUUUCCCAUGGGGGGGGGGCCAGUAUGAAAAUGUAUGCACUCACUAACUGUAAGUCGCUCUGGAUAAGAGCGUCUGCUAAAUGACUAAAAUGUAAAUGUUUGAGGUCAGUAGGUCACAUGACCAGAGAGCUAUUGAAAUUCGAAAACAAUUAAAAACAUAUAAAAAUUAAUGUAAAAUCACCUGAGAUGAAAAUGGACAAACAAAAGGGUGUGCAAUAUAUAAGGCUAGUCAGUGGAUAUUCUGACAGCAGUUUGAGGGUUGUAGGUCAUAUGACUAAGGAGUUAUUGAAAUGUGAAACUUUAAACUGGGGCGGCAGGUAGCUUAGUGGUUAAGAGCGUUGUGCCAGUAACCGAAAGGUUGCUGGUUCUAAUCCCUGAGCCAACUAGGUGAAAAAUCUGUCGAUGUGCCCUUGAGCAAGGCACUUAACCCUAAUUGCUCCUGUAAGUCGCUCUUAUCCAGAGCAUCUGCUAAAUGACUAAAAUGUAAACAAUUCUCUUAAAAUCUCAUGAGAUGCAAAAGGGUGUUUGAGGAGUGUGGGUCACAUGACCAAGGCGCUAUUGAUUUUUUAAUUUUUUUUAAAUUAAAUGUUAAAUAGUUUGAUAUGUGUCUCUGCCAUAGGAUUAGCUAUAACCCGUUUAGAAAGUUUUAGGAGUAAUGGUUAAAGAGCUAUUGAAAUCUGAAAAAUUAGAUUUGUCACUAUGUUGACGGUCCCUAACUGCUGUUGGUGGACGUAAGGAAUAAUACAGGCGAAUAUCCAACCUGAAUUUGUCUUUACAUCGGUCCCAGCAUAUGGUAGGCAAUUUAUAUAUCGUAACAUUUCAGGAGCAAGGCUAACGGCAUAUUGACUAAAGCUCAGGUGUGCAUGUGGAGUUAAACAUGUUCGGAUGGGGUGGAGUUAAUUGUUGCUGGCGCAGAAAAAAAACGUGACAAUCAAUUGAACUUUGAAACUUGGAGCAAACAGACAGAAUGGCCACCGAUUUUACACAGGAUUCGGUGUUGUACUUUCUCCAAUUCAAGGGUGGGAGAGUGAAGAACUCUGAACUGUUGGCGCACUUCAAAACGUUCCUUCGGGACCACGAGAACCAGACGCACAACCGGCAACUGUUUAAAAAGUUUGUGAACUCUGUGGCUGUGGUGAAACCAGAGGAGGGAGUAUCAUACGUUGUGCUCAGGAAGAAAUGUCUGGGGCAGGUUGCUGGAGACAUCGCUGCCGCAUACCACUCAGCAAAGACCCCCGCUAGACAACAACCUGCGCCACAGGCGAGACCGAGAGAGAGAGACCACUCACCGAGAGCUCCCGUAAACCGAAACCAGGAGAGAGGUCAGAAGGGACUGAUUGAGACGCACUUUUAUGAAUUACACGUUCCACCAGGCGACACCAACCAACUCGCCGACAAGGUUUUAGCCUCGGCUGGAAUUGUCAACAACAACAACAAUGUGGAAACAACUAUCAAUUUCGAAAAGCCUAUCCAAAGCUCCACGCCACAUGUUCCAGACCAUGCUCCGCCUCCUGUAUUCAACCGAGAAGCACCAUUCCUCCCAUCUUACAAUGCAGCAAUAUCGAAGAGGUCAGAAGAUGGGAGUGGUCAGAGCUUUGAAGCAGAAGGGGACCUGAAUCACAAAGGUAUUUACAUCAGUGGUUCCAAACUUGGCCAGCAGUCAAAAGAACCAAAGAGGAAGAGGUCCUAUCCGCCCCCUGAGUUCCUAUACACAGAGGUGGAACCUCAGGCGCCUCACCUGGACACACGUGCAACAGAAUGCAGUGCAGCCGCAGAGGAAGACUUCUGA